AUGCGUCAAUUCGGCAUCAUCCCCAAUCCGGAGUACUACGCAGCUUUGGAGACCGAGAGACGGCAGUUUCCGCCUGUUGAGCCCUUCAGCGGUCAGAAAGCAGGGGAGAGCUAUGUGGACUUCUUUGCCCGUCGCGAAGCCCGCAAUGAGCACAAGCUUGAAGCAGAGACCAAUCAGCACUGGCAGACGCACCUCCAGCGUGAACAGAAUGCCAAGUCACAGAGUUGCCCAGGCAAAAAGGGUGCUCGGGUUUUCAUCUGGGAGCAGAGAGAUCAUUUCUGGAUACGUCGACUGGUCCAACGAGGUGAAGUCGAGGACAAAUGGGUCAAUUUUGCCGAGUCGCAGCGUGUGUACGACUCGUUCGCAAACGAAUGGAAUCUCUGUACACCACUGAAUCCCGAAGCUCAAGUACCGUAUGACGACGACAACGACAACGACAACGACUUCUAUUCCCAAGCAUUUGCGCAAGACUUCGACGAUAACCUUCCCACAGGACUCUCAGAGGAAAUGCAAUCAAAGCUGAACGACGCUUCUGCGGUCAUGCAGCACGUCAACAAGUAG